UCGUCCGGGACGGAAGUGACGUCAUCACGCAUCGCCGAGGCGGAAGCCAGGCUCGCCGUGGGUCAGGUCGCAAAGAUGGCGUCCCCCGCUUCGGCUCGGCCUUCGGCCGGAAAGCGAGUGGUGAGUCAGGAUGAACUGCGGCGGUUGAUGAAGGAGAAGCAGCGUCAGAGCACCAACAGGAAACGCAUAGAGUCUCCCUUUGCGAAGUACAACCGUCUGGGGCAGCUGAGCUGUGCCCUGUGUAACGCCCCGGUUAAGAGCGAGCUCCUGUGGCAGACGCACGUCCUGGGGAAGCAGCACCGGGAGAGAGUGGCCGAGCUGAAAGGCGCCAAGGAGGCCACGCAGGGGCCGGCCGCCGGCGCAGUGCCUCAGUCCGCCAAGAGGAAGGCGCCGGACUCCGACGGCCAGGACGCCAAAAGGCCGAGGGCCCCCCAGGUGCCGCCGGUGCAGCCCUCCACGUCCGCUUUGCACACCCACGUUGACAAAGCAGGAAAGGAGUCCACUAGAGCGACCCCCGGUAAGACUUCGGCACUCGGUUUACUCCCUGAUUAUGAAGAUGAGGAGGAGGAGGAGGAAGAGAAGGAGAAGGGGGGAGAAAGGACAGAGGGGGACGCCAGCAAGCAGCCGCCCGACACACAGGGCAGGGAACACCCACUUUCCUCCCCGCGGGAGGCAGCAAGCAGCGGGCUGCCUAGAGACUUCUCGACUGCAAAUCCUCCCAAGGCCCCUGUAGUUCCUCACUCGGGGUCCAUUGAGAAAGCAGAAAUACAUGAGAAAAUCGUGGAAAGGAGAGAAAACACUGCGGAAGCAUUGCCGGAAGGCUUUUUUGACGACCCUGAGAUAGAUGCGAGGGUGCGAAAGGUUGACGCCCCGAAGGAUCAGAUGGACAAAGAGUGGGACGAAUUUCAAAAGGCCAUGAGACAGGUCAACACUAUUUCCGAAGCCAUCGUUGCUGAAGAGGAUGAGGAGGGGCGGUUGGACCGGCAGAUUGGGGAGAUCGAUGAGCAGAUAGAGUGUUACCGUCGGGUGGAAAAGCUGCGGAAUCGCCAGGAUGAAAUAAAACAUCAGCUUAAAGAGGUCCUGACGAUGAGCGAGCUGCAGAGAAAGGAAGAGGAGAAUGUUGACAGCGACGAUGAGGGAGAACUGCAGGAUUUGUUGUCUCAGGAUUGGAGGGUGAAGGGGGCUUUGUUAUAGGAUUUCAAGGACCCAGUAUUUCUAAUACCCAUAAAAAAGUGCUCUCUCUCCAUAUACUGGUUACUCCAUUCCUGGAGGUUUGAUAACCUGACGAGGUUGUUGCAGUACAAUAUGAGCCUGUGAAAAUGGCACUGUGGAAAAUUGGUGUAAAAUAUUUUUGAGGUAAAGUUUUGAAAUUUUUUCAGUGUUAUAUGUUAAAAUGCCAACUUUUUCACAUAUAUACGGAUUUAAAUGUAUACUUUGGGGUUGGAAAAUCUGUAAGCUGUAAAUAUUGUACAUAGUUAAAUAUAUAUUUGCUUAAUUCUG